AUGGCGACUUUUGCAAAACCGGAAAAUGCUCUAAAGCGAGCAGAGGGUAAGUUAGACCUAGUGGUAACGUUUUGGUUUUCCUAAAGUUCAUACUGGUGCAAGUAGACUGAUUGCUUAAAUUUUCGUUUACCAUGCUUAGCGAUAAAUAAGGCGUGCCUCUUAGAAUGCUAAACUUGCCUAAGCCUAUUGCAUGCCAGAUCUUGCUUAAUAAUUUAUUUUGAGAACCUGGACACCUGGAAAUCAUUUUAUCUCUGAGAAGAAUAUGUAGAUUUCAACUAAAGAAGGAUGCCGAUUUUCAAUCUUUUAUUGUUGUAAUUAUCAUAUUCUGUAGAAAGCAGAUACACAAUGUCUUAUUGUUUUCUUGACCACUCGUUGCUUGUUAUUAAUCCGAAGUUUCGUAUUGGAAACUUUUAUUUUAAGUUGCAGUAUCUCGAAAAUUUACUGUAUUUAGGAUUUAGAGCUGAAUUUCAUUAUCUUUCUUUGCAGAAUUGAUAAAUGUAGGUCAGAAACAAUCUGCUUUGCAAGCGCUCCAUGAUGUUAUCACAUCUAAAAGGUACAGGGCUUGGCAGAAGCCUUUGGAGCGUAUCAUGUUCAAGUAUGUUGAGCUGUGUGUGGACUUGCGGAGAGGCAGAUUUGCCAAAGAUGGCCUAAUUCAAUAUCGGAUUGUUUGCCAGCAAGUUAAUGUUAGCUCUUUGGAGGAGGUUAUAAAACAUUUUAUGCAACUUUCAACUGAGAAAGCGGAGCAGGCUCGAAGCCAAGCUCAGGCACUCGAAGAUGCCUUGGAUGUUGAGGAUUUAGAGGCUGACAAGAGACCAGAAGACUUAAUGCUCAGUUACGUCAGUGGGGAGAAAGGGAAGGAUCGCUCAGACAGGGAGCUGGUUACUCCGUGGUUUAAAUUUCUAUGGGAAACCUACAGGACUGUGUUGGAGAUCCUUCGCAACAAUUCCAAGUUGGAAGCCUUGUAUGCGGUAAGCUACCUCAUUUUGCUGUAGCCACUAUCCCUGGUACAUUUUAAACAAUAUUACAUCUCUUUUUUUCUUUUCCUCAUCUCAGCACUUUAUCUUUUCAUGUAAUUUGUUUUGAAGAUUUUUUAACUAAAAUUAGUGGAGCAAGUUAGUCUUUUGCUAGGAAGACGAUCUAAUGAGCAACAUAUUCUGCCUAGAUAAUCAAUGGUGUACUUUCGUAGAAAUAAUGGUUCUCUUUAUGCUUUUUGCGGUUUGUUUACUCAGAGAAAGCACAAUAAACUAUCUAUGGAUUUCGUAUUGUUUGAUGAUCAUUGCCAAGGCUGCCCCUGAGACUGUUAAUGACUAGUGGGAAGGUGUAUGUGAGAGAAGCAGCUGAUUUUUUCACGCUUAACUUGCGAUGUGUUAGUUUAAGGGCUAAUUAAGGUUUCGUAUGUUUUAUGGAAUAUUCCCUGGAACCGAAGUCAUGUCAAUUUCUGCAGUACCGUGACAACGGAUUUGUAAGUCUGGUUGCUUAGUGAGGAAAGUUGUACAUGCUACUCAUGAUUAUUUAAUCGAAUAAAUGCGUAUAUGAGUACGGAUGUAUCUAUAGAGUGUGACUGAGAUAAAUUACUUUUAAUUUUUUUUUUUUUGCAGUGAAAACGAAUGUCGUGUUUUUUUGCACGGCAAGAAACUGUAUUACAAAUUAUGUUUGGAAGAUAACUGUGGUCAUAUUUGCUGUAGCUGAAGCUUAGUAUGGUCGUCUGAGAUGAUUCAGUUUCAUGGAAUGACGUGAAAAUCGCAGAAGCGAGCAGCUUUUGGAAUUAUGAGUUACUAAUUUAAAUAGGUUAUCACAGUAUCCCGAAUGUAUAUUAUGUAUGAUGUGGAUUGCAAUGAAUUUUAACACGAAGACUACAUAUGUAACAUUUGAUCCCGUGGAAUUAUAGAAUGAAGUUUAUCAUUUGCAUCGUGUGUUAUUCCUUAGGAUUUCGUUCAUUAAAAGGAAUGCAAUGACCUUUUUGGAAUACCAUGCACAGUAAAAUUGCCUUUCCUUUGAGGAUGUAAUGGAUUUUUAAUUAGCUUUGAUGUAAUGCUUACCUCGUCAACACGUAUUAUUUAUGACAUUGCUGUUGAUUGAAAGACGCUAAUGUUUUUUUGCUCUCUUUUUAGAUGACCGCCCACCGAGCCUUCCAGUUUUGUAAGCAAUAUAAGAGAACCACUGAAUUCCGCAGACUUUGCGAAAUCAUAAGGAACCACCUUGCUAAUCUGAACAAGUAUCGAGAUCAGAGGGAUAGGCCUGAUUUGGCAGUUCCUGAAACUUUGCAGCUCUUCUUGGAUACUAGAGUAGAGCAGCUCAAGAUUGCAACUGACCUUGAGCUAUGGCAGGUUGUGAACUCGUAGCUUUGAUGUUCCCAUAUUUAGUUGUUAUUUCACUGACUGUAUUAGAUAACAUAAUAUUUGAACGGAGGUUUUAAUUGUGUUUUUCAGGAGGCAUUUCGUUCUGUUGAGGAUGCCCAUGGUCUAAUGUGUAUGGUUAAGAAGACGCCAAAGCCAUCUUUGAUGGUCAUCUAUUAUGCCAAGCUAACGGAGAUAUUCUGGGUUUCGGAUAGUCACCUAUAUCAUGCAUAUGCAUGGCUCAAACUUUUUGUUCUCCAGAAAAGUCACAACAAAAACUUAUCUCAGAAGGAUCUGCAAUUGAUAGCAUCUUCUGUUCUGUUGGCUGCUCUGUCAGUAGCUCCAUAUGACUCUAAACAUGGUGCAUCGCACAUGGAACUUGAAAAUGAAAGAGAGCGCAAUUUGAGAAUGGCUAGUCUCAUAAACUUUAGUCUCGAGCCUAAACGAGAGAGCAAAGAAAUGGUAUUCUCUUGUGAAAUUUCCACCAUUUAUGCUGUUUUCUUGACACUUAUCUAUCCAAGAUUCUGACAGCCCUUUUGAACUUAUCUGCAGCUGACAAGGUCAUCACUCCUUGCAGAAUUGGUAAGACAUUAAUUUUUUGUUGAAACCUUUUUUUUCUCUUUUGAAAGAUCAUUAACUUUUCAAGUAAGGUUGAAAUCGUCAAUUUUUAGUUGUGGCAUCCGUCAUUGAAGAUGCGACUUGCUUGUGAAAGUUAAUGAUUACGUUAUCUUUAUGGAAACCAAUUGCACUGACUCUGGUACAGCUCUGAAGAUGUUGUCAUGGCUUCCAAUCUAUUACCCAUAGUGUAGAUUGGCUUGAAACCGUUUAAUUGAUGAAAAUAAACCUGCAAAGCAUCCCGUAUGUUUUAUAGAGUCUUCUAUCACCGAACAUGUAAGCAUCUAGUCAUUCAAAUGUAAAAGUGCAGCUGCUCCUUCAGUUGUUCAUGUGAUGAUCUGUAAGAUUACAUGAUAAUAUAAUAUUGAAUAUCCAGGUUACAUUUGUAGAUGUACGGACUAUUAACUUCUGUAUAAUUUACGAGCUUUGAUCUGAUUAAUUUGAGUAAUUUUAGCUUGAAUCAUCAUGCCUACUGGACGAGCUAAUGUUUGAAGAGAUAUUCUCAUUCUUGCAUCCCAACUGGACGACCAUAGUCAGGACACCUGAUACACCUCAGUUUCUGGAAGGAGAAAAUGUUCACUUGUUUGAUUUGGGCAAUGCUCUAUGAAAAGUUGGCACAAUCAAGUCGGAAGGCCUCAUUGUUUCAUGCCAACCUUUUACGGGAAAAUACCUUAGCGGUUUUAUAGAUGGAACCUGAUCAAAGAAUUACUGAAUGUACUGGGUAUUACAAUCAUUUUGGUGUGACAAUGAUUUAUCGGCCAAUUCAAUUUCUUUAAAAGCAUAUGAUAAAACCUAGGGAAUCUCCAUGUGUCGGCUCUUCUCUCUCUCUCUCUCUCUCUCUCUCUUUGUGUGUGUGUGUGUGUGUGUGUUGCUUCCCGACCUUUCUCCUCUCUUCUUCAAAAAAACUCUUAAUUGUCUUAGAUUCCAUCAUAUGAUUGUUUGGACAUUUUAUACUUCAUAUUAGCAAUUUUCACAUGGCCAUAUUGUGCAUGAAUGUCAUUUAAUGACAGUACCUUUUUUAAUGGAAACAUUAACAUAUCUUAUUGGCUAGAUCCAGUUUAAAAGUCUAGAAGUCCAUACAUUCUUCCGAUGGUCUUAAACCUAGUUUGAAUGAUUGAAUGCUGCUAUUUACACAACGAGAUAUAUGUGUAUUCCUGUCUCAUGCGUUCAUUAUUUAUUACAUAUUUAUCUUAGCAAAAGUCUCAGGGUUGGCUGCUGCGGGAGUGCUUUUUUCUCAAGCAGUAUUCAGUAUAGUUGAAGAAAUCACUGUCCUGGGACUGCAAUUUGCUUUGCGCUAUAGUUUGACUAAUGCAAUUUCUAGCAAGUAAAAAAGUUAGUACGUGAACAAUGACUUCUGUGAUCUUUCUCAGACGGUUUCAGUAAGAUACAUAAAAGAUGAUGAUAUCACUGUCUUAAAAUUCUUGGUAUCUAAUAUUUUUCCUGGUGAUUCUCUAUUGAUAUUUAUUACGGGGAAACAAGGUUGUUCACUUCUUCCAUGUUUUGGCUGUUCGGAUUGGCAUGUUUGUUCCUGUCAGAUGGUAACAUCACUGAUGAUUUCCAUCAGUCUUUUGUCUCAUAAGUGACUGUUCACAUUUAAUUACAAUGUUUUACUCCUCGCCUCUUGUUGACUAACUUGCAAAAUUUUAUUUUCUGAAGGCUUCGAAAGGUGUCAUGUCUUGUGUCUCACAAGAAGCGAAGGACCUCUACCAUCUUUUAGAACAAGAAUUUCUCCCAUUGGAUCUUUCUCCAAGAGUUCAACCCCUGUUGGCCAAGAUAUCGAAAAUUGGAUCUAAGCUUGCUUCAGCUUCGUCUGUUCCAGAGGUUCAAUUGUCACAGUAUGUUCCUGCUCUAGAAAAACUAACUGCCUUGAGAGUUCUUCAGCAGGUUUGUUUUCUUUUCGAGGUUUUUUUGAGCAGAUGUUGAUUAGGAGGUAGCUUCAUCGUACUGAUAACUCAGCUAUCAUUUCCUUCUUUUUCAGGUCUCUAAGGUGUACCAGACAAUGAAAAUAGAGAUGAUCUCAAAGAUGAUCCCGUUCUUUGACUUUUUAGCGAUAGAGAAGAUUGCAGUUGACGCAGUGAAAUAUGAUUUUGUUUCGAUGAAAGUUGAUCACCUGAAUGGUGCAGUUCAUUUUAAUAAUUUGGUGCGUACACUUCUCAUCUCUUGAUGGAUUUUACAUUUAAUACUUUAUUUUAUCGGAUAUUAUCUAGAAUUCUGUCUUUUAUUGUAUAGAGGUAUGCAUGUUUGUGAUUGCACUUAUGUGAACUUUGAUCAAUGUAUAGAGGUAUACAUUUGAUACUUCUGUCUUUGGGAUUUUGUUUUUACUUUAAAUGCUAUUUUUUCAUCUGUAGAAUUUUCGAGGCUUUGCUUUGAUUUUCUCUUUAUAUCCUUGUAUCAUGGACUUAGAUUUAAACUUGAUUUCCCAUAUUGGCAAAGGUCCAUCUUUUCUGCAUUAUGGUGCGCUAAACUUCUUUGAUGCUUGUAAUAUCUUCAUUUACGUGGUGCAGCAUGUUAUUCUCGUCUGUUAAUUUAAUCUAUGUGGUGCAGCAUUUACGUUGAAAUGGAUGAUGUACAGAAUGUGGUUGUUUUUAUGUCCUUGUCGUUGAUUUCUGUACACGCUGUUGUUCGUAAAUACAUCGUUGUUAUCCCAAACUAUAGUUAGUGAGGAGAGUCAAAGUUUCUAGGCUGAGGAUAUAAGUUCUUUAUUUUAUUUAUUUUCAGAGUCAUGAUUUGGGUUGAAAAGUUGAUGAAAAUCCUGGUAUACGUGAUGGUUUUCCUUACCUUUUACUGUUUUACUAGUAUACUUGACGGUUUGCCCUGUUCUUUUAAGCGUUGAUUUGUAUUUUUUAUGAAUUAUUUAUAUUUUGUCAUGAUUUAUUUUCGUUUUGACUUUUUAAUCUCGAGGUAUAUUUGCUUAGAACCUGUAUAUUUACCUUUGUGACUUCUAAUUAAAGAUCUAAUUUUUAGGACCUUGAAUCCGAUGGGCUUCGUGAACACCUUGCGAUACUUGCUGAAUCUUUAAAUAAAGCCAGGAACAUGAUUUAUCCUCCGGUUAAAAAACAAUCGAAGCUAGGGGAGAACUUUGUGAAUUUGGCAGAGGUGGUGGACAAGGAACACAAGAGACUCCUUGCCCGGAAGUCAAUAAUUGAGAAGCGCAAAGAAGAGCAUGAACGGCAAAUGCUAGAACUUGUAUACCUCUCGACCUUUCUCAUGUCCUACUGCUUCUCAUGCGCUAGCUGUCUUUUUUUUUUUUUUUUGAUUUUUUUCUGACCUAAUUUUAUGAUUCGGAAGGAGCGUGAAGAAGAGUCAAAGAGAAUGAAAUUACAAAAGUUAACUGAGGAAGCUGAGCAGAAGAGACUUGCAACUGAAUAUUCUCGUCGUGAGGAGCAAAGAAUCCGUCGCGAAAUUGAGGAACGUGAAAAUCAAGAGGCUCAGGCAUUACUUUUGGAAGCAGAAAAGCGAGGUAAAAAGAAGGGAAAGAGGCCAGCUAUUGAAGGGGUAAGCUUUGUUCAUGAUCUCGGAGCCUAUUAUUUGCACUUGAUUCCAAAUUUUGCAACUAGAACACUAAUGACGAGUUGUCUCAGCAAGUAGUAAAAUUCUAUCCAGUAUAGUUUGUUUCUAUACGUACAAUACUGAGCAUAAUGAUGAAGUUAGGAACGGAAAAUUUUAGACUGAAUGUUGGUUUAUGAAUGCCAUUUUCUUUUCCCGCAUUAUUCAUGUAUUUUAUUUCUCUUUAAAAUGUUUUUGUCAGGAAAUAUCUGUAAUUAUCUCAUGUACAGUUAUUAUGUUGAUCUAGACUCCAUUGUUUAGUAAUUCAAAGAUCAGGGGGGAGGAGCAUGGGGAACAUCGUUUCUAACCUGCACAAACCUGUCCUUUUUGUGUUUCUAUUAUAAGCUUAUAUAUACAUCUGAUUGAACGGUAUGCCAUUUUUUAAGUUUUUUACAAGUAAAUUUACAUCAUAAUAAUAGUGUGAUCAUUCAGAAUUCACUGGAGCAUUUGUAUUUAGAACUGGCGGCAUGCUACUGUUGACUUUCUAUAAAAGUCAACAGUAGGUCGCAGAUCAGCAGUAAUGUUCCAUAGCGAUUCAAAUCUCUGCAAUCACCUCGAGAAAAGAAGUUUUAUUUAUUUAUUUUAAAAAGGUGCAUUCAAGUUUUGUAAUGACCUGUGGUCGAUUAUUUGAACAAUUUUGAUUUGUGCAGGAGAAGGUAACGAAGCAGGCUCUGAUGGAGUUAGCAUUAAGCGAACAGCUCAAGGAGCGCCAGGAGAUGGAGAAGAAGCUGCAGAAGCUGGCCAGAACGAUGGACUACAUGGAAAGAGCAAAAAGGGAGGAGGAGGCCCCGCUGAUCGAGGCGGCAUACCAGCAGCGUUUAGUGGAGGAGCAAAUACUUCACGAACAGGAGCAGCUGGUUGUUUACUUUUGAGCUUAUCUUCCUCUACUACGCUUUUGCCUCGUAUCAGUCCAUUUCUUGGACAUAAUUCUUAUCUCGCCGUUGUGUGAUCUCUUCACAGCAAGCAAACGAGCUCAGCAAACAGCAUCACGUAGGAGAUCUCCAGGAGAAGAACAGGCUCUCGAGGAUGUUCGAGAAUAAGGUUCACUUACCACAUUCUCUCUUCUUUUGGAAACUGCAUUAAAGCAAUCCUUCUGUUUAGAUUAGGGCUCCUGAGCCUCUGAUCUUGCUGCCCAUUAAUCCAGCUUCUUCUACCCAUAUCUCAAGUUUUUAUAGAUAUUUAAUCAUCACCAGAGACUCCUUUCAGUAUUGUACCCAUUGUUAGUGGAGAUUUUCUCUGCUAGAAUGCUCAAGGGCCUGAUUUGCUUCUACUGAUGAUUUCUUCAGCUGAGAUGGUUUCUAGCCUUCCUUUCUGCCCGGAUCAUGCGGAGAUUUUCUGGAAUGGCUGGAAAUUCACAAGGAUCUCAUCUUGGUUCCCAUUGCUGUAACAGGUUGUGUUCCAGGAGAAGAUUGUCAGCCAUCGUGAGGCGGAGUACAGUCGCUUGAAGAAGGAGAGGGAUGAGAGAAUCAGGCAGCUCGUAGCAGAGAGGAGGCGCGAGAGGGAAACCAAGCGCAAGCUCAUCUUCUUCCUGAAAUCCGAGGAAGAGCGGCUCACCAGGCUGCGGGAAGAAGAGGAGGCGCGGAAGCAAGAAGGUGAACGAACUGGCGGCUGAUUUCCUGGAUUUUAUGCUAAUUAUAGUGCUCCCCUCUGAGAAUGAAACGUUCUUGUUGUGUUGCAGAAAUUGAGAGGAGGAAGAGGGAGGAGGUUGAGCGCAAGGCCAAGCUGGAUGAGAUUGCUGAACGGCAGAGGCAGAGGGAGAAGGAGCUGGAGGAGAAGGAGAGGCUGAGGAGAGAAGCACUCUUGAGGGCGGUUCCUGAGCCACCUCCGCGGGGCUUUGACCUUCCUGUAGCCGGAGCACGGCCUGCCGAACCUGUGGUAGCGGCACCUGCAGCGGCGGCACCUGCAGCGGUGGCACCCGCAGCGGCGGUUCCACCAGCGGCGGCUCCACCAGCCGCUGCGCCCGCGUCCGGCAAAUAUGUGCCCAGGUUCCGCCGUGAGACUGCCCCCGCCGCCGCCCCGCCGCCGGAGGGCGACCGGUGGAGCAGGCCGGAUGACCGCCCUCCCCAAGCUGGCGGUGGGGAUCGAUGGCGGAGCGACGACCGCAAGCCGUUCCCGGGCGGCGGCGCCUCCAGGGCGCCGACGUCCUCGACCUCGUGGUCCUCAUCCAGGGGGCGCAACUGA